GCGCGCGUGGAGGACGCCGCGCGUGUCGUCGCGAGUUUCUUCGAGAACUCGCUCCGCGCGACUUCGCGCGCACGCGCGAAACCCGCGCGUCGUCGUCGUAUCGCGACGCCGCGGAAGGCGAAGGCGUAGGGUUUUUUUUUCCUUCUCGAGCGAGAAGAGAGAAAGAAUGACGUCGGCGCCCGGGGCGAACGCGGGGGAGAGUAUCGCGCCCGCGGGCGCGGUCGGGGUCAAGAAAGAGGAGACCGCGGUCAACAAAGAAGACUCCGGGGACUGGCUGGCGGACAUCUUCGACGCCGUGGACGAGGACGCGAUCACGUCCCUCGAGAUGGGAGACGUCGCGCUGCCGCAGGAUAUCCUCGCGAAGGUGGACGAAGGAUCCGCGUCGGCGGUCGCCGCGGGGAAGAAAGAAGAGGGCGUCGGCAAGCGGGGGAGGGGCGAGGGCGGGGAAGAGCUCUCGAAGGUGAAGAAAUCUCGUCGGGAGAAGCUCAGGCGCGAGGCGCUGAACGACCGGUUCAUGGGUCUCAGCGCGCUGCUCGACCCGAGCAAACCCCCGGCGACGGACAAGGCGACGAUCGUCACCGAGGCCGCGGCGGUGAUCUCGUCGCUCAGGAAGCAGCUCGCGGAGCUCGGGGAAAACCUCGAGAAGCUGACCGCGUCGAACGAGGCGCUCGAGACGGAGAAGAACGCCCUGGCGAGCGACAAGGCGAGCCUGAUGCGGGACAAGGUGGCGCUUCAGCAGGAGAAGCACAAGCUCGAGCACCAGCUGCACGUGUUCAUGGGGUCGAUGCCGUUCGCGUCGCCGCCGCCCGGGAUGAUGGUGAUGCACCACCCCCCGGGGGCGCCGCCGCCGGGCGCGGCGAUCGUGUCCUCCACCGCGAGCGGCGCGAAGGUGGGCGGGCACCCGGGCGGGAUGAUGCCGAUGAUGUGGAGCUUCCCUCCCCUCGUCGUGCAGAGCACGACCGCGGAGGAGGACGCGAAACUGCGAGCGCCGGCGGCGUAAGGAUUCAUUCUAUUUGUAACGAAUACUCGUACUACCAUCC